UAAGGGCUGAGCGGAGGAGGGGCGGGUGGGGCCUGGCUGCGAACACAGAGGCAGACUGUGGUCACUGACCGAAGACUCUACUGGCUUUUAUUCUACUCAAAUCAGACCGCAUGUCUGACCCAGGGGUCCGCCUGCUGCCGGGAGCAAACUGCACUCAUUUCCCCGAUAUUUGACAGAUGGAUGCUGUCCUGUCGUAGAGGAGGAGGAUGAAAAAAUCGCCUGAUAUAUUUUUUGGCAUUUUCGCUCAUAGCCUAUUUAUGGGAGGCAGCAGCGGCUUGGCCCUUUCUUUAUUAUAGGAAAGAGAUCUCCGCGGUUUGCUAUGUGAAGAGCAGAUCGCCUAAUAAUUGUCAUUUCGCGACCCCGAGGAAUAAUUAUGAACAACGCGCAAGAUAUGUCGCCCGAUUUCGUCUUGAUGCGCCUGGUUUCCGCGGCCGAGGAUGACCGCUUGGACGCAGAAAACGGGAAUCUGCCGCCGGGAGGAGUGGUGGCAGGGCUGGGGAAGGAGGUCCUGGCUCACAGCGGCGUUAAAGCGGGGUUGGAUAUCAGCCGAGAUCCGGCGGCGGGCCUCGAGCAUCCCAGCAGUCGCCUGAACAAAGCCCAGCCGAGCGGCGAGGGCACGGCCGCACCUGACACCGGGGUGACGGAGAACCGAGCCCCGCUGUCUGCGCCUCCUCCGCCGCAAAGCCCCAUGGAGGCCCAGGGCUUUGACUUCGCUCCCAGCCCUGGCCUACGGCCUCAGCUGCUGGUCUUCUCCAAUAUAAUGCGGAAUGGAGAAGGGAUUUUAGAAUUAGACCAUCGGAAUCAGCCGAGGGAUGCUCUGGGUUUGGAACAGAGCCCGGGGUCUGGCUGCUCCGGCCCGACUGUCAAUAACAACACCCUGAGCCCCGGAGACGUUCAGCAGCAGCAGAACCUGCUGGAGCGGACAUGGGGAGCGCAUCCGCCGCUCUCAGUAACCGCGGACAUGCAGGGAGCUGCGGAGCUUUGCCGCCGGCAUCGACUCAUCACUACCCCGCCCGAGUGGCCCUUAUUGUCGGAGAGAUCCAACCCUCUCACUGUGAUUGACUCUAAAUGGGGAUGUGCCACCAGGGACAGAGAGGGAGCCGUGUUUGAGCUGGCCCGACGGUUUGGGGAGCUGGGGGUCGGUGCUGUACCCAAGAUGUUGUUCAAAGCAGGGGAGCUCCCGCAGUGUUCGUGUCAGGGUGCACACGGACCGGUUGGACGGGGAGUAGAGCCCGGGGAUGACCCGACAGAGACCAGUGAUGCUUUGUUGGUACUGGAAGGGCUGGGGAGCGGGGAUGUUGCCGGCCUGGACAUGGAAGACUGCCCGGAGGGUGAGACGGAUGAUGAGAACGGUCGCCGAGAGUUUUUACUCAACAGGAAAAGGGAAAUUGUUCAGAAAAUGUCCGGGGCUUUCUCCAUCAGCAGCUUCCAAGCGGAGCUGAGGAGGCAGGUGGAAGGGAUGGCCCCGGCGGCGACCGAGGAGGCGGCAGCAGCGCGCCUGGGCGCGCAGGUGUGCAGCCUCCACGGGAACUUGGCCAGCCGGCUCUCGCAGGUAAGCUCCGAGGUUUCAGAGGUUGUGUCCCAGGUUUCAGCCAUGUCUCCGGUUCCUACGCCGGUCCAGAGUUCCCCUUGGGCAACAAGCCCAAACCUGAGUCAGGCGUCGACACCCAGAAGGCGACCGGAGCGGUGCGCCAGUGCGCCGCGGACUCCCACAGGCUGGGCAGCGGGUGGGGAAAAGGCGCUCAAAGUUCCAGGGAAGUCCAAAAAGGGCUCGUUAAAGAUCCGCCUGAGUAAAUUGUUCCGGACUAAAAGCUGCAGUGGCUCCAAUCACCUGCUGGACAAGAGGCCCUCAGUGACCUACUCAGUAUCUUCUGCCGGGAGUCUGGUGGACAUGGCGAGCACCGCUGGUGCUGAGCAGGACGCAGACAGCCACAGCCAGCCCAGACUGACCAGGGCGCACAGUGCCUUCUCCCCUGCCUCCCUGUCUGCUUCCCUCUCUGCUUUCACUGGUGAGACUGUUUCCCUGGUGGAUGUGGACAUUUCGCGGCGAGGGGUGAACACGCCACACCCUCCCACGCCUCCCCCUCCUCCACGCCGAAGUCUCAGUUUGUUAGAUGACAUAGCUGGGCCUCAGCCUGGGCCUUUCCUAGUGAGUGUUAUGGGCGCCUCCCUGCAGUCCCUCCCCCUGCCUCUCCCUCCUCCUCCUCCUCCCUCCCACGCCACCAUCCAGCACAGUCUCAGCCUCAAUGACGCCUUCCUCCGCGCCCUCCCUAAUUCAACCCCAUCAACGGCUGAUGCUCCACCCACUUCCAGACAUGCCCCACCCCCCAUGCUGUGCGCCCUGCAGCGGUCUGAGGCCAGCAACUUCACCGCCAGUCUGAGAGAGCUGGAGAAGUGUGGCUGGUACUGGGGUCCGAUGAACUGGGAGGACGCAGAGAUGAAGCUGAAGGGGAAACCGGACGGAUCCUUCCUGGUCCGAGACAGUUCAGACCCCCGAUACAUCCUGAGCCUCAGCUUCAGGUCGCAGGGAGUCACACACCACACACGCAUGGAGCACUACCGAGGGACGUUCAGCUUGUGGUGUCACCCGAAGUUUGAGGACCGCUGCCAUUCGGUCGUGGAGUUCAUUGAGCGAGCCAUCAUGCAUUCUAAGAACGGCAAAUUCCUCUACUUCCUCCGCUCCAGAGUCCCAGGGCUUCCUCCCACCCCUGUUCAGCUGCUGUAUCCUGUAUCUCGCUUCAGCAACGUGAAGUCACUACAACAUCUCUGUCGCUUCUGCAUCCGACAAAUGGUCCGCAUCGACCACAUCCAGGAGCUUCCACUGCCCAGACCGCUUAUAUCCUACCUGAGUAAGUUUUAUUACUACGACCCGGAGGAGGAGAUGUACCUGUCAUUCAAGAGCAUCCGGAGAGUGGUGAGAGCAGAUCAAGAGGCCGAGUCGCAGACGUAACAGCAGAGAUCAUCUCAACCCAAGUUUCUGUAUGGAGGAAUGAUCUGUACUGGUCUGCCAGCAUCCGCCAAUCAGAGUUUCUGAAAAUCUCUGUGUCCAGUUGGACUUGGAUGGACCCGCCUCACUCUUCAUUUGGACUAACGAAAAGAGGGAUGAGUGUUUGCAGAAGGGCGGUGGGAAAACUGUCACUGAGUUCCGAUGCAGAGGACUCUGCCUCGUCUCCUGAGGGACUGCAGAGAUGUUCUCGCCUGCAACACACGUAGGUUUGAAACAAAAGGAGAGCGUGAUGAACUUGAUUUGCAAAUUUCCUGAACCUGCUGAACUGGACUUUUAAAAACACAAUGCACUGGUCAGUUUGUACAACUGCUGUUUGUUGCUGUUUUCUUGUUUUUCCUUCCGUUCUGUCAAAAUGAGUGUUUUUUGGAUUAAAAGUUGCCCCUCAGGAUGGAUAUACACUCAGAGGCAGGGCAGCAAGAGGCCCAUCACCAAUGCGCUCGGACAGUUGAGGUACAAGCGUUUAAGAGAGACAGGCCGCCAUGUUGGAGGACCUAUAAUCUCCACAUCUUGGAGAUGAAAUUACUGUUUCUGUCUGGAAAUAACAAAAUUCCAAUGUUAGUUACAGUGCAAAAUGUAAGUUAGACAAAUCUGACAUAAAAUUUGUUUAAAACUGAAUUCAAGACUCAAUUCUAUUUUACCACAAGUGCUUGUUAUGCAGACAGAUUUGAUGAAACCUUUACAACUUUACUUGUUUAUUGUGACUGCAGCAUAAAUAUCUCAACCUUU